AUGACUUCCAACGAAGCCGAAGUGACCUUGGAGCUUCAGCACGUCUUUGGCUCUCUGUGCGGCUCCUCUCUGAGAGAGGCAGCCGUCUUUGCAGAUGGCGCCGGUCAGCAGAUAGCCUUUGCUGUGGGACGGCAGCUGGCAAUACGACAUGUUGAAAACAACGAGACCAGCUUCCUUGGGACCGGCGCAAGGAUAGACAUGAUCACGGCCUGUGCGGUGUCAACUGAUCGAAGCCUGAUGGUGGUGGCAGAGAAGUGCAGCAACGAAGCAAGGAUAUCGAUCUAUGACCUCAAGUCAGGCAGUACCAGUCCAAUGAAAACGAUGAAGCCCCUAAGUGGCGCGCUGGGUAGCACCCGCUUCGUGGGCGUGGGAUUCUCUCCGGUGCCACAGGAAGGUGGCACGCCUCGCUACCUUUGCGCUGUGACUGCCGGCUCAGAGGCCACACUGGUGCUGAUGAACUGGGAGUCGGAGAAGAUCUUGGCCAAGUGCAAGCUUCCUGGGAAUGUAGACCGUUUGGCCUUUCCCUUCCAGCACGACCGCACCGAUGUUACCGUGUCUGGCCCACACAUGCUCCGGCUCUUGCAGAUUCGGCAUGCCAAAGGCGAGGUGACCUUGAAGUUGAUGCCAGCCUUCUCGAACCUCGCGGAGAAGGCGCAGAAGAUCUUGGACCACACAUGGCUCGAGGCCGGUCGAAACCUUCUCGGCCUGUGCGUUCAGGAAGGUGCUGUCCACAUACUCAGCGCUGACGAGCUGAUCGUUUUGCGGACGAUUGACAGUGCCUUUGGCCCAGAGGGCGACCUCGAAGAUGUGCUUCCCGUUUGCAUCCGCUCUUUCACACAGGGCUUUCUCCUGGGGGGCUCCUACGGAUACUUGGCCGUCUGGGAGGAAUCGGAUGAUGGUGCCUUCACCAGCGUCGAUAGGUCCGAGGACUCGGAUGGGGCCCGACGUACACCGGAGAAUGAGUACAAGUUGGCUGUGGCACUCAAAGUCCGACCGGACACGGACUCCGUGUGCUCUAUCGAUGUCACACCCAGCGAGGAGCACCUCCUCCUUGGCUUCGGCGAUGCUGCCAUGGGUAUUGUACCUAUGGCUUCGAUCUAUGGCACCGAAGACGAACAGGUCCCCAUCAACAUCAGUGGGAACCAUUCGGCUGCCAUCACUGCCAUGGACAUGGCUGUGCAUCGAUCACUUGUGGUCACGAUUUGCAAGGGCGACAGCAGCAUGCGCAUUUGGAACUGGGCUGCACGGACUUGCGAGAUCCGAUCCACAUUUGGAGGGGACCCGCCGAUUGCUGUGGCUGUGCAUCCGUUUGGAUAUUAUCUGGCUUUGGGCUUUGCGGAGAAGCUGCGCUUUUACCACAUCCUUGUCAAGGACAUCAAGCUCCACAAGGAAAUCAACCUUCGGGGCAUUGGACUUCUGAAGUUCUCUCAUGGUGGACACCUGCUGGCGGUCACGCAAGGCAAAUCGAUCUACCUAUACUCUGUCCGAACGCUGGAAAAGAUCACGACGCUGCAAGGCCACAGCAAAGAGAUCACAUGCCUCAGUUUCGACCCUGAGGACCAUGCGCUGUGGAGCGUCUCCCAGGAUGGGCGGCUGAUACAGUGGAAUCUCGCUACCUUCCGCAUCGAGUGCGAUCACUACGAGACUGGAACUGAACGCCUAGCCGUGAGCGCGAUUUCCCCGGACCAGGCCACCUGCAGCGUCUUCAGGAAUGGAAAGCAGCUGCUCCAAAGGUUCUCCCAAAGUUCGUUGGAGUACGAAGUUGAGCUGGAGUCCAACGUGAAAGUCGUCACGCUUUAUCACCACCACGGCAACUCGUUUUUCCUCACCGGCACGGCCAAAGGGGGCCUGCAGGUCUACACCUCGCUGCCCUACCAGGGCACGCCGAAAUUUCUCGAGCUUGCGCUCCACGGCAUGGCGUGUACGGCCAUUUGCAUCUCCGUCGACGGGCGGACGUUGGUCAGCGCCGGGGCUGACGGCGUGAUCUUUGUGCUGGGAAUUUCUGGCCUUUGCAGCCCCGAGGAGCUGAACAUGCUGCCUAUGGCUUUGCAUCAAACCGAUAAUGAUCGCUUUGCACAAGAAGCAGAGGCAGUCCUGGCCUCGAAGCUUCAAAUCCAGAAGCUGGAGAACAAAUGUCAGGCUUUGAUGGCAGAGUUCCGCGAAAUCAAGGAGAAGCGAGAGCGAGAGUUUGCCAUGCACGAGGAGGAAUGCGCAGCGCAGGUAGCGCAGGCAAGGCAGAAGGAUCAAGCGCAGAUCCAGGAGCUUCACCGACGCCUUGGUGCUUUGGAGCAGGCAGCGCAAGCCAAGGAAGCCGAAGGUGGGCGAUUGAUGAAGAACAUGGAGCAGCGCCAUGCCGAGGCGUUGGACCAGUUGACCAACCUCUACAAUCGAAAGCUCUGUCACGAGUCGGAUCGCUUACUGGUGCUGAGGAUGCAACGGGAAGAGCUGCAAGCCAAGAUGGUCCAGGAGGAAGAGGAGCAUCAGCAGCAGAUGCGCGACUCCGCCUUGGCGGCUCAGGAGGAGCUCUCACGCCUUCUAGCCGAAAGAGACCUGGAGAUCAAGAAGCAUCAGGACCUCCUGGCCUUCAUUCAGCACCGCUUCGAGGAGGUGCAGCAGCUCACGGCCGACAACCAUGACCGAGAAGUGAUUCGUCUCAAGCAUCAUGGGUGGGAGGCGCUGGAGGAGCAGAAGCAGGUCGAGGAACAACUGCGAAAGGAGCAGGAGAAGCUGCAGGGAAGCCUGGAGAAGCAGGAGAAAGAGCGCGAAAUUGUGGAGGAGAGGCAGCAAGAGUCGAACUCGACUCUGCGGUCGCUGCAUGAACAAGCAGAGGAGCUCAAGCGCACGCUGCAUGGGCUCCAUGGGGAGCGGCAGGACCGUGAGGCGACUUUGCAGGAUAAGCUUACAGCCAUCGAAGGCUACAAGUCAAAGCAGAAGACCCUCAAGAAGUUCAAGCUGCUUCUAGACCAGAAGCUCGCUGAGGUGUCGACGUCACUUCAGCCAAAGGACUCGCUCAUAAAGAAGCUCAACCAGGACUUGACAGACUUGGAGACGGAGUUUGAGCGGCAGCUUCUGGAUCACCGGCAACUGGAAGGGCAGAUCGCCCAGCGGCGGCAAAAGGCAGCCAUCCUGACACAAGAGACAGAGGAGCUGAAAGCUCGGGUGCGCGAGAAGGAUGCUCAAAUUCGCCGCUUCACCAGUGACGUGCACCAAGUGGUCACCGAGGAGACAGACCUAUCGGUCUGGCCUCGUGAGAUCCGGAGGCUGUACCACCAACACAUAGACGGCGAUCUACGUGGACAAGGGCGUUUACCCCUGGAGGACAUGAUGCGGCAGAUGCGUGUGGUGGAGCGGCAGGUGACAAGCCUGGCUGCCAAGGGCAACCAGAUCCGGGCUAUGGGCAAGCUGGAUCUGCAGACGAAGGCCAACGAGAAUGCGACGCUUGUGCAGGAGCUCAACCAGCUGCGCGUGGUGAAGAGCUCCCUUCAGCGUAAAGUCCGCGACCUCAGCACGAAGCUGUCGCACCUGGCCCCGGAGAAGGCGGCGCUGAAAGGCGGCCAGGCCGCCGCAGGGCUGCCAGCGCCCCCUAAGCCCAGCCAAGGGGCCGUACAGGAGCCCAAGGGUCUCCCGGGGCCCAGGCAGAACACGUCGUCGCGCGAGUUGUUGCUGGACGACAGCCCAUCACCUGUCCUAAAGCCUGCCCAGCUAGCACCUGUCAGCAGCGACUGA